AUGGGCCAAGCGGAGAGAGCCCUUUAUGGUACCGCCUUCGCUCAGCACGGGAAGCAUUCGCUGCCCGGCACCGUCAGGAGCUUGGCGGCUUUUCCAGUUGAGAAUGAUCAAUCCACGGUCUCAUCGCUCUCAGGCCCGAACGGAACGCGACGCAGAGGUAGAUGCAAGUGGUUUAACGUCGCCAAAGGCUGGGGAUUCAUUUCUCCUUUGGACGAAGGACCAGAUGUCUUUGUGCAUCAGUCUGUCAUCCAAAUGCCUGGUUUCCGCAGUCUUGGCGACGAUGAAGAAGUUGAAUUUGAAUGCAAAGUGUCCGAUAAAGGCUUCGAAGCGACCCUGGUUUGUGGGCCAGGGACUGGCGACUGUAAGGGUUCCCAUAGGAGACCGAUGUCUAAGAAGAAAUUCCGAAAAGUCAGAUGCUAUAAUUGUGGUGAAUUCGCGAAUCACAUCGCCGCCAAAUGCAACGAAGGCCCUUUACCAAAGCGAUGCCAUCAGUGCAAGUCGUCUGAGCAUCUCAUAGCAGACUGUCCGGCGAGAACGAUCAAACUCGGAGAGAAUCAGGAAAAUGAAGAUCAUCCAGAGGAAGAAGUACCGACCGGGAACGCUGUGCAUUCAGAUUCCGGUUUAGAGAAUCAGAGCUCCGAGGAGGAGACCGACGAAAAAAACAAGGAAUAA